ACGCUCGAUGACAGAGCGGACCUCUCUCACGGGUUGAGCGUCUCUAUCGCAGGGCUCUUACUUGAGAGCAAUAAGGAUAAUAUCAACAACGAUGGCUUUUGCAUAUUGAAGGUGAUGCAUCGUCCAACGUCCUCUUCCAUCCCCCUCUUCCUACCCCUUCUCCUCUCACUCCUCUCCCUCCCUCACAUCACGAGUGCUGGAGGCAGCGUCUCUCCAGGGGAUUUCAACCCUGCAUGUAACACUGCUGUUGCCAGUCUUCCGGAACGACAAGACACCUUUGCCUUCCUUGAUGCCUAUGACAGUAGCUCGGACACAAGUACUGUG